UAGAAAAGCAGUGUAUAACUUCAUAGAUUCUAGUAAUUGUUUAAAAAUAUGGCUUCUCGUAGCUUCCACUUUCUUCAAGUGUUAGUCAUGCUUUCUCUAGCAGGCAUAGCAUUUUCGGACUUGUCAGAUGAUUUUUAUGAUGAUAUUUGUCCCAAAGCUUUACCAACCAUUAAACGGGUUGUUGAGGAUGCAGUACGAAAAGAGAGGCGAAUGGGUGGUUCUUUGCUACGUCUGCAUUUUCAUGAUUGUUUCGUUAAUGGUUGUGAUGCUUCGAUUCUCCUUGAUCAAACGCCUACUAUUGAUAGUGAAAAGACUUCUCGUGCUAAUAACAAUUCUGCUAGAGGAUUUGAAGUGAUUGAUAAAAUCAAGUCGGAGGUUGAUAAAGUUUGUGGACGUCCAGUUGUAUCUUGUGCAGAUAUCUUGGCAGUUGCAGCACGUGACUCCGUAGUUGUCUUACAUGGACCAAGCUGGGAAGUGAAACUAGGAAGAAGAGACUCCACUACAGCAAGUAGAACCGCGGCCAACAAUAAUAUUCCAACUCCAGUGAUGGACUUACCUGCACUUAUCAACAACUUCAAGAAGCAAGGUUUAGAUGAGGAAGACCUCGUAGCUCUCUCUGGUGGCCACACACUAGGGUUUGCUCAGUGUUUCACCUUCAGGAAUCGCAUCUACAACGAGACUAACAUUGACUCCACCUUUGCAAGACAACGACAGGCUAAUUGUCCACGUAGUGGAGGUAAUUCCAACCUUGCUCCACUUGAUCCAACUGCAGCUCUUUUCGACUCGAAAUAUUUUAGUAACUUAGUAUCCAAGAAAGGGCUUCUACAUUCUGAUCAAGCACUGUUUAGUGGAGGAAAGACCGAUGAUCUCGUUAAGACCUACAGUAAAAACUUGAGGAAUUUCUCGAAAGAUUUUGCUGAGUCUAUGAUUAAGAUGGGUAAUAUCAAGCCAUUAACUGGGAAGCGAGGCCAGAUUCGUGUCAACUGCAGGAAGGUGAACUAAGCAGUGCUGGUGAUGCUGAUGAAAUCAAGUGUUUCAAGAGUGCUUAUUUUCAAUUGUAAUUGUGAUGUUUACUCAUUUGUAUUCCUAUAAUACGUCAAUUUUUAUUGGCGAUCCUUGAAAGUUGUGUGGUAAUUUCAAAUUUGUUUUUCCAAGAA